UAUAUUAAAUCAUUCAAAUAUUGCCACUGAACCAAUGUGUUUUGUAAAUGAAAACAAGUAUCUCUGUGAUAUUUACAACUUUGUAGUCAAAUCAGUAGUCUUGAAAUGUAUCUUUGAGAUUGUAGAGCAGUGGUGUGGUGUGAGAACUGUGCUCAAAGUUUGAAAAGUUAACAGUUUGAAACACGAGGUUGGCACCACUACACCACAUGGUACUAAACCUUGUUGUAGUGUGUCUGCAGUUUUAGUGAGGUGUAAAUGAUGUAAGUUGGCCUGGAUAAGGGUGGAUUAAAGUCACAGAACAUUGACCAGUGAUAAUGGUGCUCUCUACAUACAGAGAGAAAAUUGGGUCCUAUGAAAGUGUGAACAUCAUAGAACCAGAAGAUGCAGCCAUUAUGUUCAAGGCAGAAGGACAUUACCCCAGAAGACUGAUGAUAGAGGCAUGGAGCUCCUACAGAGACUACAGGAACCACAGAUAUGGAGUACUUCUGAAGGAUGGGGAGGACUGGAAGUCCAAUCGGGUGGUCCUAAACAAGCAGGUGAUCGCCCCAGCGGUGCAGGGGAACUUUGUUCCUCUGUUGGACGAGGUGGGACAGGACUUUAUGGCGCGAAUCCAAGGAAAGAUCGAGAAGAGUAGAAGCAACAAAUGGACAGUUGACCUCUCCAAUGAGCUCUUCAAAUAUGCACUGGAAUGUGAGGUCUUCACUAAAUGUCAUACUUUCCACACUAGCAAGGGUUUGGAUAGUUUAUUUGAUUGCUUUGUUGAAAAACCUGCUUUGUGUCUUUCAGCGGUGAGCUCUGUGCUGUAUGGGGAGAGAUUGGGUCUGCUGCAGGACCACAUAGAGCCAGCGGCUCAGCAUUUCAUCGACUGCAUCACGCUGAUGUUCAAGUCCACCUCGCCGAUGCUGUACAUUCCCCCGUGGGUGCUGCGCCGGCUGGGGGCCAGGACAUGGAAGGACCACGUGGAGGCCUGGGACGGCAUCUUCAGCCACGCGGAUCACUGUAUGCACAACAUCUUCAAACGGAUGAAACAGGAGCCCGGUCACGGUGGGAGGUACCCUGGAGUGCUGGCCACCCUGAUGCUCCAGGGCCAGCUGUCCAUCGAGGACAUCAAGGCCAGCGUCACAGAGCUGAUGGCGGGCGGCGUGGACACAACCUCCACCACCCUGCUGUGGACUCUGUAUGAGCUGGCCAAACAGCCAGAGCUGCAGGAGGAGCUCCGGGCUGAGAUCGCUGCAGCCCGGCUCUCCUCGCAGGGGGACUUGGUGGAGAUGCUGAAGAUGGUUCCUCUUGUCAAAGGAGCUCUGAAGGAAACACUGAGGUUACAUCCUGUUGCUGUGAAUUUGCAAAGGUACAUAACUCAGGAUAUAGUGAUUCAGAACUACCACAUUCCAUCUGGGACCCUGGUUCAGCUGGGUCUGUAUGCCAUGGGCCGGGACCACCAGAUCUUUCAGCGUCCAGAGCAGUACAGGCCCUCGCGCUGGCUGCAGGGGAACGCCCGCUACUUCAGGAGCCUGGGGUUCGGUUUUGGGCCCAGACAGUGCCUCGGGCGGAGAAUAGCAGAAACAGAAAUGCAGCUCUUCCUCAUACAUAUGCUGGAGAAAUUCAAGAUUGAAAACCAGGGGGAGGUGGACAUGAGGAGCACCUUCGCGCUCAUUAUUAUCCCAGAGAAGCCCAUUGUGUUGACCAUAAGACCUCUGUGACCUCAGUCAAAUGGGAGGUAAUGGAGAGUUGCCAAGGACAGCACAUGGUGAUGUGAAUCCACUUGGCCAAAUGCCAAUGUAAUACUGUACAUUAGAUACAUGACUUCUGCAGUGACUAAAUUAAAGUGACUAAAACUAUUUAUUUUACAGUACGCAUGUUCAAUUUGUUUUGUGUUUUGGUUUUUCAUCAUAUGAAUUUCUUUAUAUUACAAAAAUGUUUUUUUGAAGACAAUUCUGCUUAACAUUUCAGUCAUUGCUUUUGUCCAUUUUUUGCAAAUGUACUUCAAGACAUUUGAAAAGGAGGAAGGUUGAAUUGCCCUGAUUUAUACUCGUUGUAUGACCUACUGACGCAUUUUCAACUGAAAAAGGAGUAGUACAACACUUUUCCUCAGUGUGGGCACCUGUAGGAUUUUGUUGUGGCAGAACAGUCACACUUUGUUUCACAGCGUUGAUUGGACAGCCAGAUGGAACACUCAAAUUCCAUGCCAUGGAUAGGCUACAACAGGCUGUCAGCUGUACGAGGACUAUAAAUCAGGCUUUAGCAGUUUACUGGUAUUUUCCAUAAAAUGUUUUUUAAAAGGCAAUAAAAAUAUAUCCCUCACCCA